CAUUUAUGUAAGAUGAGCUUCUGUGAACUUUAUUGUUUGUAUUCAUUAACCUACAGUAUUUUCACCGCAAUUAGAUUUCCAAAUUUCUGACUUUAGUAAUUUUACUGUACAAAAAUUUGAGAGUAUUAUAAGUUCAUGAAAUUAGAAACCCUUGUAAAUAAAUUUUUUUGUCUUUAAAGUAGCAGAGUUCAGUAAAUUUGCAGGAAGUUUCUUUUAUCCUUGUAAGUUUCCAAUUAACUAAUAAUUUUUUCUCUGUGUGUUCAGAUAUCUCCCAUUUAUGAAGUGAUGAUUAAUUUAGUUAAUUUAGUUAAAAUAAGAUGUGUAGCAAAAUGAAAGACUUUUUGAUAGUUCCUACAUAGAAAUGAAAUUAUUGAUUUAAAUUGAUUUUUUUAUGAAUGGUAACAAUGCAACAGCUAAAUUCCGUCUCUGGGCGAUUUUGACAUUCUUGCCCACGGUAGUAACCGCUUCGUACUCGAAGUCCAAGAAAGUCUCUUUAUCCAACAUGAUAAUCCCAUCAAUAUCAAUAUUAGAUCAGCUCUGUUGUGUUAUACACAUAUACAUAUAUUCCACUGUAAACUAGUCAGAAGACUUAAUAAUGGGUGUACUAAACACCCGAAACCUUGUCUAAAUGUUAUUUGUAGCUUCCUAAUGUUUAAAUAUCCAUCAAGUUUCAACCUUUUUUUGUUUUUUGUUUUUGCAUAAUUUCCAAAGACUUUUUUCACUUGAUUGCAGGUUGCUCCAAAUACAACCUUGAUGCAGUCAACAGUGAAGAAGUGGAAGAAAUUAGCACAAAAACAACAAGGGGAUUCAGCUGAAGUCGACAAUAAUGCCUUGUCUGUGAAAAAUUCUGGUCAAAAGAAGAGUUUUAUCAAUACAUUUAGAAUGGCUGUUGAUAAAGUCAAGUUAAAGAGUAAGAAUCCAUCCACCUGUCAGAUGUCGGUAGAAGAUAGUAAAGACGAAUUUAAAACGGUUUUUAAUUUGCCAAAAGCCACAAGGAGAGGUGUAACCGUGCUUCAAGAAGUUGAACAGGAAGUGAAAGGAAAUAUUUUAAAGAACAUACCGCCCAUGACAGAUGAGGAAGUCAUUGAAUUCACAUCCACUGAACUGGUUGGGCGCUUUUUAAACAGCAAAUACUUUCGAUAUGCAAUCUUGUCUUUUAUUAUCACCAACAGUAUUCUGAUUGCUGUUCAAACCAACCGAAAGCUGGAGCGAGAGUACAACCAUAUCUUCAAAGCAAUGGACCAAUGCAUCAUGACAAUCUUCGUUUGCGAAAUUGUGUUGAAAUGGUAUCAUGGCUUUCGAAAUUUCUGGAAGCAAGGAUGGAACAUACUCGAUUUUUGUAUUGUUUUAUCUUUGCUAGUUGGACCACAUGUGAUACCUGGUGGUGGUGGAGGGAGAGGUGUUAUACGCAUACUAAGAGUACUCCGUGCGUUUCGAAGCUUAAGAAGCAUAAGUUCUUUACCAGGAUUACAGAUAGUUGUUCAGACUAUACUUCAGUCAAUACCAGACAUGACGAAUAUCGUUGUUUUACUUGUGAUUAUCAUGUUGGUGUUUUCUGUGAUCGGAAUAACAUUAUUUCGACAUGUUAUUCCUGAUCGAUUUGGCGAUUUGUCAACUUCCAUGUUUUCAUUAUUUAUAUGCGUCACGCAAGAUGGUUGGAUGGAAAUCUUUGAAGCUUUCCAGAAAAAAGGAGAAGUUUAUUAUUACGGAGGUGGUGUCUUCUUGAUUUUGUUCAUUGCUCUUGGUGCGUUUAUUUUUGCCAACUUAGUGGUUGCUGUUGUCGUAACAAAUCUGGAGUGUGCUGUAAAGGAUGUGAAAAAAGAGGAACAGCAACAAGCAAGAGAGUUAGAAAUGAAAGGCAAACUUGCUCAGGAGAAUGAUGACGUUGAUGCAGAAAUCGUAAAAGGAGAUGGUAUAUCGAGCAAAGUAUUUCAUAACCAAAUGCCUCUUUUAGUACCUGACUUAUCUGGCAUUGAUGUUCGGAAUAUUGAGCAUUAUUUCGUCAUAUUAGGCGCGAUGGAAGAAAACUAUCGUGUUUAUCAAACUUUAAAAUCUGAACUGACAGUGUUGUUCAACGAGGUUUGCGAGUUAAAUCAAAGCGCCAUGGAGGAGGGCGUGAUAGAAUCAGAUGCUGAAGAAAAAAAUAGAAGAAAAAGUGAAGCAUUCGAAAAAGUUGCUAACGCUGGUGACAUCAUGUCUGGCCUCAUGACAAUGGAAGAUUCCAAUCUCAUUAGCAGUAAAACAAAAAAUUCACUACAUGGCGUACUAGUGGAGAGUGCUGACGUAGCUUUUAAAUCGAGAUUGUCUUCUUUGGGUUCCACCGUGGGUAAUCGUUUAAGGAGACGCAGAUCUACAGGAGCGAAGCCGGAAAACCAUCGAAGGUCGACACAAGCGCACUUAUAAGUUUUGUCUCGAGACAAAUUGACUUACCCACAAUCCUUCUACUUCAAAAUAUCUUUUUCUUUGCCGGGGAGACAACAUUCAACGAGAUAACAUUAGUUUUCUUGGUUAUCCUUUCUUUCAUUUUCGCAAAAUUGUUUCUGUGAACCAACGAAUUAAAAAAACGCGAUUUCGAUUCCACGGUUCUCCUGUUCUUCUUCUACAACAUUGCAAGGAUCGUUUUUUCCUUCUUCUGCAUUCGUUUAUUCACAAUGUAGUAUGGUAAAAAGGGAAUAUAUUAGCAGAAUUUUUGUUGACACCAACAUUUUUUCUGUGACGUCAUCAGCAAUUUUAAAUUUAGGGAAUAUACUAGUACAUACCAGUACAUAACAGCUUAGGCGAAUAUUUGAAUUAUAACUUUUACAGUAAUUUAAACUUAUUUUCGCGGAAGUUUCGUCCGCACUUUCACCGUUAAGCGAAAGUUUCGUCCGCGGUUGAGCAAUCCCGCGAAAAUUUCGUAGCUUGAUUGUUAUUUACAGAUACCUACGGAACAAGACAGACUUUUUCAUCUCUUCUUUAUUUUCUUAACAGAAGUUACAAGUUUUUUUACAAUUUGUUUUCAUAAAAUUAAUCCAUUUUUGAUCACCGUUGCAGCGCUGUUUAAAAUCAUCGCAGUUAACACUUUGAUCAAAACAUCCUAAGGAAAAAAAGAACAAUAUAUCAGUUGUGGGACUCAGUUGCUAAAUAAACGCCCCCUCCCCCUCCCUGUAAAUAAGCGCCCCCUCCCCCUCCCUGUUUAUUAAUUUCGAGCUUUUUCCCUAUCCCUUCCGACCUUAUUAGAUGUCCUAACAAGGUUGGGAGUUUAUUAGGUUUAUUAAUUUUGUAAAAAAUUCUCUUGUGAAAGAAGUAAACUACGCUUCUUAACCCUAUAUAAUAUGAUAACUCAGGAAAAAUAAGGACACGAGUGAACGGUAAGAAGCCAUCUUUAAUAAACUGAACAUUCUCUUCAUCACACUAUUCUUACGUCAGUCGAAGAAAGUUCUUAUUGUACAUUAACAUUUUAUAUGUUUCAACCAUCUUAACAUUCUCCAUCUCCCGUUUAUUAAGACCUUUUCCCUCCCCCCCCCAUGUUUAUAAUAUUUUCACAAAGUCCCCACCCACCCGUUGAAUUGGCACCUAAGAGUUAUUUGGCAAAGCAAUAAAGUGCGAACUAAGCAUUCUUUGACUUCAAUAUUGUCCAAUCUCUGCUUCUCAAGCCUGUGGGGGCUUUCUACCUACUGUUGUAUGAUACUGAAAAUUUAAACACAAACCUGCUUGAGUAGGUUUUGUCACUGGAUGCGUCGGUGGUACAGUUUUAGGGGGUUUGGUAUUUGAACCACCACCUGUGGAUUUUCCGUAUUGUUUUUGUAUUCUAUACACAUCAUUUGCAUGUAACUUCAUGUUGGGCACGUAAGCUUUGUAAUACGGGUACAUCACAGCAUCUUUGUUUUUUGUGUCAUGCUCUAAUCCUAAUACGUGACCCAUUUCGUGAGUGGCUACCCAUAAAUAGUUAAUGCCUGAAAAAUAUAAGUAUGAAAGGAAAUAACAAAAUAUAACAAAAAAAUAAGAAAAUAUUUUUUUUAAUAUAUAUUGUAUUCCUUUUGAUGAAUCUUUAUAUCUUAGACCGAGGUCUGGAUUAUUAAAAUGGCUCAAUUCUAACGACAAGCAAAGACUUAUUAAAGUAUUGCUAAGGAGGUGCGAAUUGGCAAUAUUUUCCGGCUGAAAUACCAAGUCUGUGCAGAUCAACAAUAUGUUGGAAAAUACCCAAAGCGCCUCCCAUAUUUACUCGAACAAGCGGCCUUUUUGAAAAUUGAGCAGGAGGUCAUUCGAGGGAGACGCCUAUUAAAUAUUUAUUUAUCAAAAAUAGUGUGGUCGUUUAAGUAAAUACUGUAUCUAAGUAAGUAGGCAAAAAAAAAAAAAAGAAUUAUAUGCCUCACCAGAUGUGGAUCUAUCAGUAAACAGUUCGUCUUCAUUAAAGUGAAGUCGGCCGUCUGGUGGAAGAAAUGCAUGAGCCAACGUGGUCCCCUUUCCAUGAAAGUGGUAUACACACUUCUUUCUAUCGUCUCUAUGUGCUCUUGAUCCGAAACUAGUGUAAUUAUAACAGUGUCCUAAUCGAAUACCUUAUUUCGCGGGCGUACUAGCUUUCGCCUACGCGUGCGAAAGUUAGUACGCGUGCCAAAUAUAUACCUUUUCACAGGAAACAAAACUGACCGCAGGAUAAUGUUUUAAACGUAUUUAUAUUUUGUCUAAAAAACAGAAUUUUAAUAUUUUAUUUAACUUUACUACUCUUUGCUUGUUACUUAAGAAAUUUAAACUUGCGAGAAAAAACGCCACCAUUUUCCCCACGAUUUUUUGCCUUCUUGAUAAUGAGAGAUGACGUCAAAUAUUUUUCGCCGUCUUCUCUCAUAUCUAAAAGGAAAAAAAAACUCUGGGAACGAGGGUGCGAAAUACGCUUCUGUGCAUUAAUUUUUAUUCAUUCGUGAUUCUUAUUAUGCCAGUUUUUAUGUCAUUAGAGUUACGUGGUUGCCAUGGUAUUGUCCCUUAUACAUUUGUCGCUUUAAAAUCGGGUUUAACUGGACGGUCGCGCUUUUUGCUCGUGUGAAGAAGCACAAAGAGGGAAGGGUUUCCAUGCUAGCCUUUAAUAAAUCCUUUAAGAAAAAUCACGAAACGAUUAUAAAUAAAAAUAAAAUAAAAACAUAUCAAUUAUAUAUACUUACGCAAUUACUAUAUCACCUGAUUUUAUUUCUGUAAAUGUUAAAGGUGUUUCGUCUGACCAAUAUUGAAAAGCCCU